AUGCUGUCAGCAAUGGCACCACAUGGAAGAGAAAUGUCACAAGGCCUGAGAAAGAAAAUAAUUUCUUUCAACAAGGUGAAGGCUACAAGAAGAUCAGGAAAGCUUUACUUAUCAGUUAGAAUACUGUAGCAAAUGUGAUACAAAAAUUUAACAAAGAUGGAACUGCAACCAUAUCACAGAGACGUUGUCAGGGCUCUGUCCUCAGCAGAGGUGCCAUCCACAAAAGUAACACCUCAAUGAGAAGGGUUGAAGAAAAUCACCAUGCAAGUUCACUGUAGUUAGCUAAAGAAGUAGAA